CAACUAUGAGUGUCUCCUACACGGAGUGCAAAACCUGCUUUCAGUUACCCCAACGUAAUCGUAUCGCUCGGAGUUGGUGGUCUUCUGAAAUCCCGUGCAUGUGACACUGGAAAUUUCCACCAUUCCCUUGCAAUUUUUAUUUUAUCGUGAUAUUAUUGAGUCAUCUCCAGGGCAUCCUCGCACCCCAGGUAGAUAUCGUUCUCCGAAUCUAAACCAGAUUCCUCCACGUCCUGAACAUUAAUGAUUUAAUAAUUAUUCACGGGUGUUUUUCGUGAAAUCGGCAAUUUUAAAUUUUCAUUUGUCUCAUUCCCCGGGUGAUGUCCUCUCGUGAACUAUUUUAUUCAAUAGAUUAUUCCACCAGUGGAAUAUAAUCCUAUCCCCUGCUUGAUUUUUUUUCGUAAUGCAUGAGUGAGUGGAGGUGAAGCCAUGUUGUUCUUCGGCACUGUCAAGAUGAAGUCCCAACGGAGGAGUUUCACCGAGACUGCACUCUGUUCGCCGAGGAGUCUCACCCUGACUUGGAGAAAUAUUUCGUAUACGGUUAAAAGGAGGAGAAAUGGGGGAUAUAUUAUGGAUCUAGUUAGAGGAAGGCGUAUGGAGGACAUCCAGCUGCUGCAUGGAGUCAGUGGAGUCGUGAAAUCGGGUACUCUGAUGGCGAUAUUAGGACCGAGUGGAGCAGGAAAAACCAGUCUGUUGGCAACCAUCAGUCGACGGCUGAAAGGAGAGGCCACAGGCGAUGUCUUGCUGAAUGGGAAACCAGUGGAUGCGCACCUGAUGUCUCGAAUAUCGGGUUUUGUUCCCCAGGAGGAUUUGUCCGUCGAGACCCUCACCGUCCAAGAACACAUGGAGUUCAUGGCCCGAAUGAGGAUGGACCGUCGAUUUCGCACGGCCGCGCGUGACCAGAGGAUCGAGAAUCUCCUGUGCGACCUGGGCCUCACCGAGUCUCGACUCUCAAAACUCGUAAACCUCUCCGGAGGCGAGCGAAAACGCGUUUCCUUGGCGGUUCAACUGCUGACGGAGCCGAGCAUAUUGUUCUGCGACGAGCCAACGACCGGGCUCGACAGUUACUCUGCCCUGGUGGUGGUGAGAACCCUCCGGGAUGUUGCGGCCCGAGGAAGGGUUGUUGUUUGUUCACUGCAUCAACCUGCCUCGGGUCUCCUCGAAUUAUUCCACGAGGUCAUCCUCUUGGCCUCGGGCAAAGUUGCCUUCCAGGGCAACACCGCAGACGCCACAUCAUUCUUCGCAAGCCUUGGUCUCCACUGUCCUCCAACUUUCAACAACGCCGAGUUCUUCGUCUCCCAGUUAUCGUUGACUCUUGGUAGUGAAAAUGAAUGCACGAAGAAGGUUAAUUGGAUCUGCGAGGAAUUCGCGGGCUCGUCCUACGGUGGUAAAAUAAAAAAAACCAUCGAGAGGUCCUGCAACGGCACCAUCGAGGAACGUGCACCCCAUCCGAUUUUUGCUGAGGGUAUUCUUCCAGCGAGUGACUUCAAAAAAAUCCACCCCCUCACUCAACUCGAGUGGCUGACCUGGAGGAGUUAUCUUGACUACAGAAGAAACUGGAGUGUCAUUCUCCUCAGGUUCUUCCUGUACAUGUCCAUCGGUGUCCUCCUGGCGACGCCUUACAUCCACGUUACCGAGAACAUCGACCAGAAUGGAAUCCAAAAUAUGCAGGGGCUCAUGUACCUCGUUGUUACCGAGACUGUGUUUACGUUCAAUUAUGCUGUGUUCUAUACAUUUCCCAAGGAACUUCCUCUCCUGCUGAGGGAUAUGGCCAGCGGGCUCUAUUACCCAGCUCCCUAUUAUCUCAGCAAAAUAGCUGUUCUGAUACCUGGUUCUAUCGUUCAGCCAUUUCUGUAUGCAGCCCUGAUUUACAGCAUUGCUGGGCUAAAAGGUGGUCUAACUGGUUUCAUUUCUUUUGCACUACCUGUCAUACUCUGCGCCACAUCCGCAUCAGCUGUCGGUUGCCUCAUGUCCGCCUCCUUCAAAUCAAUCGAUACUGCUUCGCUGCUGUCCGUACCCAUUGAUUUUCUCACGUUAAUUUUCAGUGGAAUCUAUCUUCAUCUCGAAAACUUGCCACCGAGGAUCUCCUGGCUCAAGUACAUCUCUCAGUUUUAUUAUAGCGCCGAGGCCGUUUCGUUGACGCAGUGGAAGGAAUAUGAUCACAUAAAUUGUCCACCGGAUCCCGAGGAGCCCUGCAUAUCCUCGGGGACAGGAGUCCUCGAGAAAUACGGGUAUGUACCAGGUAAUUACUCCAUGGACCUCGUGGGCCUCGUUGCUAUAUUCGCAUUAGGACAUCUCGCUGGAUUUCUAGCUAUUCGAUAUCGAAGCACGAAGGAGCCCGUUUAUUAAUGAAGAAAAUAUUCCCAAAGGAUCGAGGAAGUUACUAAUGUGUUCUUAGAGAAUUUACAACUUCAACUUUCAUUACGAACAAAUUGAAAUAAUUAAUUUGAAAUACCUGUGGAAUUAUUUCCUUUAUUAUUGCAAUG